AUGAGUGGUGCAGUGGUGGUGAACACUACUUUGAAGAUGGCACCAUACUCUUACUGGGAAAAAGAUAGACUGCCACCUUUUCAAAACUCUCAUCGUGGAUUUCGGUCUCUCAUCUCUCACAUAUCGGUCCUCCCUCCUCCUCCUCCAACCAGUCAGCCCGUCUCAGAUCGAUCGAUCGAUCGAUCUCUCCUCCUCCUCCGCCUGCAACCACCGUCUUUCCCGACGAGACCAGACGACUCAGCCCCUCUGUAUUGCAAGGGUGUGAUGGUUCAGUUUAUGAUGGAUUCAGAUUGGAUGAAUGUAAUGCUGAUUGAAGCAGGUUGCAGCAUUUUGAAUGUUGGCUUUCCUGAAGUUGGUAAUGAUGGUUUUCCUGGGGUACUGAAUUUUGUUUUUCCAGCUGGUAUAGUAGUUACAGCAGGCAUACAGCUUGAUGGUUGUUGUUUGUAUUGGAGAGGAGCUUGUGUUGCCCAAGAGAUGGACAAAAGGAAAGAGGGGAAGCCUGGUAAUGAAUGA